CGAAGGAAAUAAAACUGACCUAUCGUAACAUUCCUUCACGGUAUAAUUGGGGUUUCUUCACGCUAUAAUUGGGGUUUCAAAAACAAACUGACCUAUUAUAACGUUUCCAAUAUUUUUGUCAGGGUUGACUGACAUUUGUAAACAAAACUAACCAACUCAACAAGUCAUUGACAGUUAAAAAAAUGCUGUUACUAUUCUAGUUCGGGUAAAACAAUCUCAAGAAUGUUGUGUACAAAACUAAACUGAAUCGCUUGACGACUUAAAAACUAAAAUUAGAAGAGAAUGUGCUGACAUUAAUCAAGAAACAAUUAUUUGAGUCCAGCAUGAAUUCAUCGAUCGUUUGGGAUAUUGCCAGGCACAAGAAGGGUUUCAGUUUCAACAUUGCGGUGGAUAGAUAAUAUUGCAGUGAAUCUACGAACCCUAAAUAUCGCACGACCAGAGGAACUAAUGUCGGACUACAGUAAAUGAAGACAAAUUGCAAAGUCAACAAAGACCCAUCCCGGGUUAUAAUAAUAAUAAUACGAAGAGAGAGAGUUAUUUGGAUUAACACAUAUCAUCAAGGAGUGGUGCUUGAUCUGGAAAGCUCCAUUUUUCACGAAAUCGUUUUUCCGAGUCUAUCCAAAUCUCUUCAUUAAGUGUUGGCAUUACUAAUAAUUUUAUUGCCAAAAGGGCUUACUACUGCAUCUGUUCUUUAAGAUUAUCUUUCAAAAAAAGAGAGUCAAGACCUUGUAAAAUAUGGGUUACAGUGUAAAGAAUUUUCCUGUUCAGGGUCAAAUUCAAAUAAAAUCACAAGCAUGGGACAACAGAAACAAUGAUGGUCUUCUAAACACUAUGGAGAAAAAGUCCAUUUAGUUAUUUCAUAAUCAUCAUCAAUCAACAAAGCAGCCUAAAAGUUUGCCAAAAAGUUGGAAAGAUAAACCGAAAAAGUAAAAAGCAUAAAAUUAAACAAGCAUCAGUUUCAAGAAUUGAUGAGGAUGAAUUUAAUUAAAGACAGAACUUUUUUUAAUUUCAUCAUUAAUGUGAUGUUAUCACAUAUCAUCCAUUGACAAUUGAGAAUUAAAUAGGUAAUUAAUUACAUAUACAAUAAAAAAGUUCAGGACCGUACUUUAUAAUAAAAUUUAAAUAAUCACAAUAAUUUACAUAACACACCGGAACUGUGGUAUUAACUCCUUGACCCAAUCCUGCUGCACUCGACUUUAUGCCAAUACAAUUUUCUCGAGGUUCUCCCUUCCAAUUCAAAAACACGUUUAGACACAAUAAACGUGGUUGUCUUCUUUUACUAUUUAGUAAGCGAAAAGUGUCUCCGCCACAACAUAAUUGUGUUUGUGUUCAAACUGUAAACCAUGAGAUCACCAUAUAUUGUAAUAUUUUUCUUUUCCUGUUUUCUACUUGGAUUAUUAAAAAAAUCUUACGUUAAAGCUGAAAAUAAUCUAGAAAAGGAUUUCAAAUUGAUUUGUUACGCGGCAACUUAUGCCUCGGGUCGACCCGGAAGAGGUGGUUUCUAUUUAAGCAAUUUAAAUCCCGGAUUAUGUACCCACGUUAUUUUCGGAUACGCACAUUUAAAAAUGGAUACAUCAAUUUAUUUCUUACCCAAUUGGAAUGAUUUUAUGAACGGAACUGAAAGUUUGACCGAAUUAAAACAGAGUUAUCCAUCCGUGAAGUUUAUGGUUGCUUUAGGUGGUUGGUCAGAACGAACCGAUAAAUUUUCGAAAAUCGCUGCCAAAAGUGAAUUGAGAAAAAGCUUAGCUGAAAAUGCGGUGAAUUUUUUAAAAAAAUAUGAUUUUGAUGGUUUAGAUUUGUGUUGGUUAUUUCCAAGUAAACGAGAUGGAAACGUUUACGAUCGAGUCGGGUUUGUUCAACUUUUAAAGGAGAUGAAACGACAAUUUAAACCGUUUAAUUACACGCUUUCCGCGUUAUUAAGCGCGGAUUUUGAGACAAUAGACACCGGUUAUGAUGUCAAAGAACUCUCUAAAGUUGUCGAUUUCAUGAAUAUGAAUUCUUAUGACUAUAGUGGGUUUUGGAGUCCCGAUAUUCAAGCCCACGCACCUUUAUAUAGUGAUAAUAGAUUGAAUGUGAAUUAUUCAAUUUCAUACUUGAUUAAAUUAGGCGCAGAUCCUAAAAAAAUAAUUUUAGGGAUACCUUUUUACGGAAGAGCUUUUAUUUCGACGAAUACCACAAAUUCAUCAACCCUAAAUGAACACCCAAAAUUUGGAGACCUUUUUAAUGAAACCGAACAAGCUAGAAAAACAUUUGUAGGUCCAUACACCCAAGACGUUUCCGGGAUAAUCAGUUACGGUGAAAUUUGUUUAGAACUGUUAACUAAUAAUAAAUGGAAGAAAUUUUGGGAUGAAAAAAGCAAAACAGCCUAUAUAACGUUGGGUCAAGAUAAAUUAAUUACUUACGAUAACAAAAAAUCGAUUGAAUUUAAAGUUAAAUACGCAGUUGAUAAAAAAUUAGGAGGAAUUACAGUUUUCGCUUUGGAUUUAGACGAUUUUCAAGGAGAUUGCUUAGAAGAAUACGAAAAUAGUGACGAUUUUAAAGAUUAUUUGUUAUUGAGGAGUGUUAGAAAAGAAAUUAAUAAGCACUUAGGAGAUAUAAAUGUUGUUGAAGUUGUGAAUUCUGCAAAAAGUAACGAUUUUUCCUGUAUUUUAUUAUUAAUUUUUAAUCUCUAUUUAUUGUUUAAAAUUUGUUAAAAUAAAUUAUUCUAGGUUGUAUAUGAAUAAGCUACACUUUUUGAUCAGGUUGAUUUUUCUAAGAUGCCAACUUUGCAAUAACUCCCUGCUUUUUAUGUCUCUUUUACCAGAAACCAAUAAAUCCUAAUGUUGUGACACUAACUGCUUUUGCGAAAAUUAUUUUGUAGAGUUGUUAACAAAAUAUUUGUUACUUGCGCUUCUAUUACACAGCAAUUCAGUGUAUAAUGAUGCUAUUAGUAUAUUGCAUCAAUUGUAUUAUAUUAAUUAUAUAAUAUAUUAAUCAUAUUAGUUAGUAUUGAAUAAAAUCCAACUUUUAGCACCGGUUCAAAUCAAAAAUUGAAAUCAAUUACGUC